UAUGACGUCCGAGAGUAUUCUUGCCGUUCACACGUACCAACGUUCGUCGUUUCCUGGCAAUGUAAUCUGUCUUUAGGAAAUUUAACUGUAAAUUAUUCUAAUUUAGCCGUUGUGUACAUGUCGUGAAAAAUGCUUCCUACACUUCCCUUCACACUGCGCGUAACUUUAAGUGUUGUAUUGUUUCUGUUACCUUGGCAUUGGACACCAGUUGCAGCUGGUGGAGCUGUAGCACUCACAUCAUCUAAUUUUGAUACCCAUAUUGCACAACAUGAACUAGUCUUUAUAAAUUUUUAUGCUGACUGGUGCCGGUUCAGUCAGAUUCUUGGUCCGGUGUUUGAUGAAGCAGCGCAGAAAAUUGAAGAAGAGUUCAAGGACAAAAGUAAAGUGCUUUUUGGAAAAGUCGACUGUGACCAGGAGACAUCUAUUGCAUCUCGGUACCGCAUCACAAAAUAUCCAACAUUGAAGUUGGUGCGCAAUGGCAGUGUUUUAAAGAAAGAGUACCGGGGCCAACGAUCUGUUGAAGCUAUUACAUCUCAUAUACGGGAUUUGCUCAAAGAUCAAGUGGUAGAGCUUAAGGAGGGUACCGAAGCUGAUCAAAUUGAAGAAAAGAAGUUGGCAGUUGUCGGCUAUUUUACCUCAAAAGAUACAACGGCAUACGAGGUGUUUCGCCGUGUUGCAUCUGAGCUUCGAGAUGACUGCAAGUUCCAUUUUAUCCAGAGGGAACCAGCUCCAGAUGCACCAAAAGAAGUUAUCUUAUUCAAGCCUGCCAGAGCUAAGUGUGGAGUGAAGGAUGAAGCAUACACUGGGAAUGUGGUGAGCUUUGAUGACUUGAAGAGCUGGGCCACUGACAAAUGCAUACCAUUGGUCCGGGAGAUCACUUUUGAAAAUGCAGAGGAACUUACAGAAGAAGGACUGCCAUUCCUUAUCCUGUUUCAUCACCCUGAUGACAAAGAUGGUGUGGAGCAGUUUACGAAAGUUGUUCAUGAGAGCCUGCAAGGGGACAAACAUAGCCUCAACUUCCUCAUUGCUGAUGGCAUUAAGUUCUCUCACCCUUUGCACCAUCUCGGCAAGACUGGCAAGGACCUUCCCUUGAUUGCUAUUGAUAGUUUCCGUCACAUGUAUUUGUUCCCGGACUUCAAACAGCUCACUGUUCCUGGAAAGCUAAAAGCUUUUGUCGAAGACUUGUACUCUGGAAAAUUGCACAGAGAGUUCCACUACGGACCUGAUCCAACAGUAGGUGUAGCUGGUGGAGAUGCAGAAACACAGACCACGCAGCCUCCCGAGUCAACCUUCAAGAUGCUGGCACCAUCAAGAAACCGAUACACGUUGUUAAGAGACGAGCUGUAGUAGAGCUCAUUCGAAGGUAGAAACUGUGACUGCACUUUUGUGAGGGGGGUCAGACCACCUGUUUUAAUUUUUUAUUGUCAAGUACAUUGUAAUUACAUCUUCAACAUGGGAUACUAGAUGCAGGUGAUGUACAGUGUUUGUGUUGUGCAUUUAUUGCAAAUGGAGUGAACACUUUGGGUUGUGGAAUGGAGAGUUUGUUGAGACCGGCAUUUGCUUGGCAAGUGCACAGAGACAAUUUUGUGUGCUUUCGUUGCAGAUUUGUAAAUGCUUCUUCCGAGCUGCAGAUUCUCUGGUGGCUAAGCAUCUCACACAAGAAAAAGCCUCGCUUCUGUAAAUGGCAUCGUCUGUACAUGCACUACAGUUUAUUUAAUAUGUAGCUGAUAAUGGUUAUGGGUCACGGUUCAUGUUGCCUACCUGCUUCUACCACUUUUUAAAAGUAACUUUUUCUUGCACAUGUAGUGCAUGCGUUUUAUUUUGUAAGGCAUUACCGGUAGUGUGGCACCUAUGGAUGGGGGUUAAGCAGGGUGCUUGUUCUUGCAAGUUGCACUUGGUACAUCAGGAGGUAUCAAAAGUAUUCUUUGUGACAGGUUUUUUAGUGUGUUAUAUAGCACUUAUUUUUUCUUUUUGCAAAAUUGUUUUGGCCUAUCUUGAAUCUCCGAGUUCUGUCUCAGGAAGUGGCAAACUAUGUUGACAUUAAGAGUCCAUGAUCAUAUCAGUAUCUGAAAAGAAACUUUUUUUUACCACCUGCUAAGUUUAUCAACGGUUUUAUGAUUUGGCAUGGACUUAGUUAAUUGGGCCAUGAUGGAAUGAUAAGUUUAUGGCUUGUAUGACUCUUUCAUUCUGUAGGAGAAAAUUUGUGAUCGAAAUAUACUGGAAGUUACAUACCCCAGGAAAUUACAUGGUCCGUUUGUUUCAGCUACAAGCUGGAUGCUUUUCUUACUUGAGAGUUAUUUGUUUAGUGAAGUGCCUUUUUAUGCUUAUUUCACCCACGCGACCUUCAGAGGCUAUUUAGCAGAAAAAUUGUUACCAGUGAACGUUGUUAAUGGGAGAGCGCAACUACUUCACCAGUGUCAGUCACGAGAUUCGGAAGUAGCGUAUCUGUGAAUGCAGUAGAACACAGGCAGCAACAGAACCAACGGGAACAAAAUGAUAGCCAGGUGUACUUUUACAAAGUGGGAAACCAGUUCCAAUCAUAUAACGUAAUUCAUAUUCUUAUGUCCACUUAUAGCACCUUCUCAUUGUGUCAGUAAUUAUACUGGAAUGCUGAAAUUCCUAGCCGCUGGCUUCACCUGUAAGAGGUGUUAAUUCGGAGCAAGAGGUUUUGAGAGGCCGCUCUAAGGGUGUCGCUAGCAGAAUUGCAUCAAUGAAAAUUUGACUCAGAAAGCGAUAAAAGAUUUGAGAUUACAUUUUAAAAAAAUAUUGGGGUUGGUGCGCCAAUAAGCGACAAUAAAAGCUUGCACGCAUGUAUCCAGCUCUGAAAAAUGUGCGGUUUACAGGGGCACUUGAUUCGGAACACACUGUAUUAGAUCUCGGAAAAGAUAGGCAAGGUUUGAAUAAAAUUAAUAUAUUUUGUUAAUUUGUCCAAUAAGCAAGUGCAAUAAAGAGCGCUCACAAACCGCAUGUCAGCUUACAUGUGGCUGCAUUCUGUAAUGCAUCAUGUCAGACCAGUACAUCACAAAGUUUGCACACAGCAGUGAACAGUGACGUUCUAUUGUAAGUAGAGCACUACACGGGCUGCAUUCUUAGGCCUGGGCCAGAGGAAUUUCUAGGGUACCCAGUUACAAAAGUUGAUCGUGGCUAAGUAACAGUGGUGUAGCACAGGCCUGUCAAUGCACUGGGCCAUCCCAGGCCCGCAUAAGGGCUGCUUUGCCCGGCCCAAGCCCAUGCAGUACUCUCAUUCAAUCACAGCCAUGGGCAUGGUCUCUGCUGCUGCUGCAGCCGCUGGUGAAUUUGCAGUAGCUUUCCUGCUUACUCUUAGAAGCUUACCUGCAAGAAUUCAAUGCACACUUAACAACAAGAAGUAGCAGAAGCUACAGAGAGAUGCUUUUCUCUCUCUCUCUCUCUCUCAGACUAUCAUUCACCAUGGAAGCGAAAGGCCUGUUUAUCAUGCAGAACACAUUCAUUACCAUGUCAGUUUCUCUAGCUAACAGCUAUUAGCUCUGCAAGGUUUUACGGUAGAAGUCACUGGAGGUAAAGCAUGGAAUGGGAUAGAUGGUAUUCUUACCUUCUUGGCUUUAUUUCUAUGUUGCAAUAUAAAUUCCCAAUGUCCUAUUGCAUGAAAGGGAACCUGCAGGACUUUCUGCUUUAGUGAUGGAUGACCCACAGUAAAAGCCUGUACUCCUGAAUGCAAAGAUGAAUCAUUGCAGCAAUGGGAUAUCUUUGGUGCAUAACUUGUCUCAUAAAUUGCCUGCCUUCAUAAAUUUCCAGGCUUUUAUGGUCUCUCAGUUUCAUAAAAAGGAGGGAGAGAAAGCCAAGUCUGGGAAAAUGAACACACAUUUUGGAGUUACCCGUGCCCUAGAACACUGGUUCUGUAAACUGACCCUGCGAGUUUGGCGUCAUAACAGCUGACUUGUUUUUUCUUGCGCAAAAAGCGUUUUUCAUCUUGCCCGAAGCUGAUGAGUAAAUUGUCGUCUGUCCAUUUACUUGAAAGAAUGCUAGAUCCUAAUUGAACCAACGUUAACAAGUUACUCUUUCAGUAAAUGUUAACUGUUGAGAAAUUACUUCAAGGAACACUAAGCUUUUACCUCCAGUGUUUCAUAACCCGGGAUUAACAUUACUAUACAUUGAUUACAACUAUAAAUUGAUUUUGGGUUAUAAAUUAUUCAAUGGGAUGCCUCCUAGAGAGUAUUGAACAUAUGUUCAAAAUAUGUAGCAAGUUGUGUUUAGUUCAGUAUACUAACUGGCUAUUUGUCCUUUAUUUAUAUCAGAAAAAAAAAACAUUAAAGACACUGCAACAUAAAGUAGUUAUUUAUGAUUAUGAGAAGAGUCACUUUUUUUCUGUUUCACAUGCGAACUGUUAGCCAGCUAUACGUAAUUUCAUGACUACGAUCUAGUUCAACUGCCCAUUUUCAAUAACUUACCCAUACAGCUGAUUCUACGGUACGGUGUAGGCAUUUGUUCAAACAAACGUAGCACAGACAAACCUCCAACACUAUUUACUUACACAGUACAGUACUUCCACUUGAUGAGUAAGCAACAGACAAUGGAUCAAGCAAACGAGAAUUGCCUUCCAAUUCUGUUUUGUUCUAUUGCCUAUGCAAAUGUUGCUAAGUGCUUAAUGGAAAUUUAGACGUAGACGUCUUGUUUUCGAAUGAAUGAGGGGAUAUUUGUAACAUCCGGUGCUAUUUUUGUACAACGCUCGUAAAUAAACCAGACUUUGGAAACGCGCACAGCAUACGCUCGCUACUGUAAGUUUGUUUUUUUUAGGUUUCCUAUUUCCUCGUCUUUCCUAUUAGUACCAGUUUGUGCACUCCACAUCCGUGUGUGUUUGUGAAGGAUUUCUAGAAAAACUUAAAACAAAUAGUGCUGUCUGAUGAGUGUGGUGAAAUGACCUUUGGUUUGUAAGGGCUAUUUCUCGCCAGCUGUAAUAAAAGUGUCUUGUUUGGGGUAACAGCUGCA